UGAAGCUUUUUCAUCAAUGGGGAAGAAGAAUCAGCCAACCCCACAUAAACCACACGAAGAUUUCAAGCUUAAAGAAACCUCCCCCAAUAUCAAUGGCGGAAAAUCCUCUGUUCGUAUCAGUACUACGUUCGAUCUCGUCGAACAGAUGCUGUUUCUUUAUGUCAAAGUCGAAAGAGCUAGAGAUUUAACGCCGCCUUGUGACCCUUUUGUCGAAAUCAAGCUUGGAAACUACAGAGGAUCCACGAAAACCUUAGAGAAAUCAGAAAACCCAGAAUGGGGUUCUGUUUUUGCGUUUGCUAAAGAUCGAAUUCAGACCACCGAUGUUGAGAUCUCUCUGUUUAACAAGUCCGCCGCCGACGCUGAGGUCGGCAGUAUUGUUUUGAGUAUCUCCGACGUUCCUAUGAGGGUACCGCCGGACAGUCAAUUGGCGUCACAGUGGUAUAAACUUGAGAAGCGGAACGGCGGUGACGGUCGAGUCAGGGGAGAGUUGAUGCUCUCUGUUUGGAUGGGGACUCAAGCCGACAGCCAUUACUCAAUUGCGUGGCACUCCGAUGCGGCCGCCGCCACCGGUGACGGUGUCGUCAACACUCAAUCAAAAGUUUAUCAGUCGCCGAGGCUUUGGUACUUGAGAUUGAACAUAAUCGAAGCUCAAGAUUUAGUCAUUAAAGACAAGAACAGAAAACCAGAGGUUUUGAUCGAAGCAAAACUUGGGAUUAUUCAGAUGAUAAGCAGAAUAUCAGAGAGUAAAAACUUGAAUCCGACAUGGAAUCAAGACAUGUUGCUUGUAGCUGCAGAGCCAUUUGAGAAGAAUUUAGAGCUACGUGUUGUUGAUAAGAUUAAUCCAAAUGAAAUUCAUGUUCUUGGUGUUUGUCAAAUUCCUCUCGACAAAAUUGAGGUAAGAAACAACAGCUCGCCGGUGGAGAACAAAUGGUACAAUCUCAAGAAGCCCGACGGCGACAAGGCAGAGGCGGCUGAAACAGAGGAGGUGAAGUUUGCAAGCAAAUUACACUUAAGGGUGUCUUUAGAUGGAGGCUACCAUGUUCUUCAUGAGCCGAUUCACUACGCGAGUGAUCUCCGAGCAACGUCGAAGUCGUUAUGGCCGUCGCGCAUCGGUGUCUUAGAGCUCGGGAUCUUAAGUGCUUCAGGGUUGUCGCCGAUGAAGCCGAAAGAGAAUCGAACCGAUGCAUUUUGUGUUGCGAAAUACGGACCAAAAUGGGUGAGGACUAGGACAGUUACUAAUACCUCAGCUCCAAAAUGGAAUGAGCAGUACAUUUUUGAGGUAUAUGAUCCAUGUACUGUUCUAACCAUUGGUGUGUUUGAUAAUGGCUAUCUUCAAGGAGAGGAUAAAGGGAAGGAUAGUCGAAUCGGGAAGGUUCGGAUUCGAUUAUCGACGCUCGAAACCGAUCGGAUCUAUACACAUUCAUACCCUCUUGUGGCAUUGCAGGCUAGUGGUGUGAAGAAGAUGGGUGAAAUUCAGCUGGCAGUGAGGUUCUCUUGCUUGUCUUUGAUCAACACGUUGCAGAUUUACGCACAAGCUUUGCUGCCUGAAAUGCAUUACACUCUCCCUUUAUCCAUUUACCAAAUGGAUCACUUAAGAGACCAAAGCUUAAACCUUCUUUCAGACCGACUAACCCGAGCCGAGCCAAAGCUAAGGAGGGAGGUCAUCUACUACAUGCUCGAUGCAGAUUCACACAUAUGGAGCAUAAGGAAAUCCAAAGCUAACUUCAACCGAAUCGCAGCGCUUUUCGACUGGUUGAUUUUGUUCUGCAAAUGGUUCGGUUGCGUUCGAAGCUGGACGAAUCCUACCAUGACAAUAGCAGUACAUAUAAUGUUUACACUCGUUGUGUUCUUCCCUGAACUAAUCUUCCCCACGGUGUUAUUCUACUGUUUCGUGCUUGGCAUGUGGCGAUACCGAGUUAGGCCAAGGCAUCCGCCACACAUGGACACCGAGCUCUCGUAUGCUUAUGCAGUGACGGGCGAUGACUUGGAGGAGGAAUUUGAUACGUUCCCGAGCUCGGCGAACGGAGGAGUGCUGAAAAGACGAUAUGAUAAGCUUAGGCAUAUCGGGGGGAGAAUGCAGGUGCUGAUGGGGGACAUAGCAACGCAAGGGGAGAGGGUGGAAGGGCUGCUAAGCUGGAGGGAUCCAAGGGCGACUGCGCUGUUUAUGAUGGUUUGCCUUGUUGGGGCUGUGGGGAUGUAUGUUGUUCCUUUUAAGAUUCUUGUGCUUUCAUUGGGGUUUUAUGUUAUGAGACACCCAAGAUUUAGGAUUGCUUUGCCUUGUUUUCCUCAAAACUUUCUUAGGAGAAUGCCUGCUAGAACUGAUUCUUUGCUUUGA